AUGUUCAUAAACCGCUGACUAUUUUCAACUAAUCAUAAGGAUAUUGGUACUCUCUACCUCUUAUUUGGUGCUUGAGCUGGUAUAGUAGGAACCGCUCUCAGUCUCUUGAUUCGGGCCGAACUAGGCCAACCUGGCACACUACUAGGAGAUGACCAGAUUUACAAUGUAAUCGUCACUGCUCAUGCCUUCGUAAUAAUUUUCUUCAUAGUGAUGCCUAUUAUGAUCGGAGGAUUCGGAAACUGAUUAGUCCCAUUAAUAAUUGGAGCUCCUGACAUAGCGUUCCCUCGAAUGAACAAUAUGAGCUUUUGACUUCUUCCCCCCUCCUUUUUACUCCUACUUGCUUCAUCUAUGGUAGAGGCCGGAGCAGGGACUGGGUGAACAGUAUAUCCGCCUCUAGCUGGUAAUCUAGCUCAUGCAGGAGCAUCCGUAGAUCUAACUAUUUUUUCACUACAUCUAGCAGGUAUUUCCUCAAUCUUGGGUGCUAUUAAUUUUAUCACCACUAUUAUCAACAUAAAACCCCCUGCCAUAUCUCAAUAUCAAACACCUCUCUUCGUCUGAUCUGUCUUAAUUACUGCUGUUUUGUUGCUCCUAUCACUUCCAGUUUUAGCAGCAGGAAUCACCAUAUUAUUAACAGACCGAAACCUAAACACUACAUUUUUUGAUCCCGCUGGGGGAGGAGACCCCAUCUUAUAUCAGCAUCUGUUCUGAUUUUUUGGCCACCCAGAAGUCUAUAUUUUAAUUUUGCCCGGAUUCGGGAUAAUCUCACAUAUCGUUACCUAUUAUUCAGGUAAAAAAGAACCUUUUGGCUACAUGGGAAUAGUUUGAGCCAUAAUAUCAAUUGGCUUCCUGGGCUUUAUCGUAUGGGCCCAUCACAUGUUUACUGUAGGAAUGGAUGUAGACACGCGAGCAUACUUUACAUCAGCUACUAUAAUCAUCGCUAUUCCCACCGGGGUAAAAGUAUUUAGUUGACUGGCUACUCUUCACGGAGGUAAUAUUAAAUGAUCCCCUGCUAUAUUAUGGGCCCUGGGUUUCAUCUUCCUGUUCACCGUAGGAGGCUUAACAGGAAUUGUACUAGCAAACUCUUCAUUAGAUAUUGUCCUUCAUGAUACAUAUUAUGUAGUAGCCCACUUCCAUUAUGUCUUGUCAAUAGGAGCAGUAUUUGCUAUUAUAGGAGGCUUCGUUCAUUGAUUCCCUCUAUUCUCAGGAUAUACCCUUGACAAUACUUGGGCAAAAAUUCACUUUACAAUUAUGUUUGUGGGCGUUAACAUGACGUUCUUCCCCCAACACUUUCUAGGCCUAUCUGGAAUGCCUCGACGUUAUUCUGACUACCCAGACGCAUAUACAACUUGAAAUACAAUUUCUUCAAUAGGCUCUUUCAUCUCAUUAACAGCAGUAAUAUUAAUAGUUUUCAUAGUAUGGGAGGCUUUCGCAUCUAAACGAGAAGUGGCUAUGGUAGAACUAACCACAACUAACCUUGAAUGAUUACAUGGAUGUCCCCCUCCAUACCAUACAUUUGAAGAGCCAACUUAUGUAUCAUUAAAAUAA